AUGGAUGGGGAGGCUCUCCCAAGCUCAUCAAACCCAAAUAGUGUCAUCAAACAACAGCUUCAACAUGUUGAUGUAGGGAUCGAAGUAGAAGAAAUUAAAAAGAUCGGAUUGAAAUGGGCCAAGUGUCAAGAGAAUUUGUGCGACCCUUUCAACUUUUAUUCUACCAGCUCUAUAGUGUGUAGCAAUUGUAAGGAGGCAGUUACAAAACUACACAACAAUGUAGGGCACGAUUUUCGGUGGUCAACUUCAAUAUUUAGUUUAUAUUGGAAUACACUGGGAAUGAAAUAAAAGAAAUGUUAUUGUGUUCAGUCUUGCAUCUUGCAUCACGGUCCACAACAUCAUGGAAAGGAGAACGUAAGUGCAUUUUUUAUUUUGAUUUUGUGUUUAGUUCUUAAUCAGUGGAGUGAUGGACAUAAAAACAUGUUGGGAUUUAUAAAGAUCAUCGUGAAUGAACUCCAGUCUUCAUUUUUUAUUGACAUGGAGACGAGGAUGAAGCUGAAACGAAGUGCUACAAUGAAUGCGGAGGAGCCACAUAAGAUGACUUAUGUUUUUCCAGAUGAGGAUGUCAAUAUUGAAAGAAAAUGUGACGUAAUGGUAAGGUUUUUCAUCUAUUAGUCUUGAGAUUUUAGGCUUUUCCAUAUGUGGAAUGGGUGUGUAUCUAACGCUCUAACUUUUAGACGUGCCCUUUACCCCCCAGACGUCUCAUUAUCAUUGGAAAUGAUGUUAUCCAUCCCACUUCGUUUGAGAUUUCUAAAAACAAAAAUCCUUACACAGAGAGGCAAUGUCACUUGAUCCACUGUAACACUCAUCACGAGAUCUGUAAGCUGGUCUAUCAUCUGGAACAUAUGGAAUUCAAUAUUUUUAAGAACUGCGAGUUUUGGGUUUGUUUAGUAUAAUAUUAUUUGUAUUUUUUAUUUAGUUAUCGAAAACUUCGGGUCCUGUCACCAUAGAGAACCUACGUGAGAAGCUGGGAGAGAGAGUUAUCCGAGGUCUGCUCGACUACUACUUACAAAUUUUUAUCGAGUUGAAUUGUCUGGAUAUUAUAAUGUACCGAAUGUCACACAAAAUUGAUCUACUUGAUUUUAUCAAUGUUUGGUGUGCUUUUGUAAAGGGUCGGAAGCUGCAGAGGAUUCGGAAGAUUCUUAAUGAAGAUGAAGGGUUCAAAAAUCUGAAAGAAAUGAGAAGGCGUAAACAGGAUGUUCAAAACUGA